AUGGGAAGAAGAAGAAAAGGCAAGCACGGAACUUACCAAGUGGCGGUGACUAUUAUCGAGGCUAAAUACUUAGCACAAAAUUCCAACCCGAUGGUAGUGGUAAAAGUCGGGCAUCAAAAGAAAAAAACCAUAAUAAGAAAUCGCACCGAUUCUCCUUAUUACAACGAAUAUUUUAUAUUUAAUUAUACGGGAGACUUUGAUACAUUUCUCCAUACCAGGAUUUCGAUAUCCGUAUACUUGAAGAGAUGUAUGAGGCUGAAAUUUCACGGGGGAAUAUUUUUUGAGGUUUCUACGGUUUGGGACCAACCAGAUCACGAGUAUUAUCACAAAUGGGCGAUGUUAACAAAUCCUAAAGAUCCUACGGGUAGUCCGAAAGGGUACGUCAAAUGUAACAUUGGAAUCAAUGCAAAGGGUGCGACUAUUCCGACUCAUCUAGAGACUGAUAACGAAGAAGACAUCGAAGGAAAUCUAUUGAUGCCAAUAGCGAAUUUUUGUGCGACAGGUCGUCAAAAGGCGCAUUAUAUAUUUACUGUAUUUCGAGCGGAUGGAUUACCAUGUAAAAAUACGAGUCAUUGCUGUGGGAACUCCGAUAACAUUGUUAAUCCUUUCAUUCAAAUAUCAUUCGCUGGAAUGAAAGGUGAAACGAGUUGUCACACCGAGAGUUACACUCCACGCUUCAACGAAAAAAUAAUAUUCACUGAAAUGUUUCCACCUUUAUCAUAUCGCGCUCGAAUUGCUUUAAAAGACAAAAUAGAUAGUUGCCGUUCAAAGACACUGGCAACCUUCACGCUCAACCUCGCCAAGUUAUCGAAUUCCGGUGAAUAUGGAUUUCUGCCAACAUAUGGGCCAUCCUUCAUUCAGUUUUACAACGGUACCAGCGAAGGUUCCGAAUGUUCGUGUGUAUCCAAGUGUGUAUCCAAUACGCGACCUAUUUAUCAAGGUAGAGUGCUUCUUUUUCUGAAAACAGAAAUUGAUGAUUCAGAAGCCCCUAUUUUUACUGGAGUGGAUUUUGAGCCAACGGCUCCAAUUAUUGAGGCAAAGUAUUUGCUGGUUGGAAUCGUGUACGGUGCCAACAUGAUCGACCGAUCGAGAUUCAUGAGGAAACCUAUUAGUUUUGAAAUAACUAUCGGGAAUGUUGGGAGUAACAUUUUUCCGUCUAAAAUGGAGACUUAUGAUCAGUUAUCGAAGCAAGUAAUACUCGACAAACGUCCUGCUUUCGUGAGCUCCACUGCGCCUAGAUUAACAGCCACGACAGAUGGCAAGUUUAAUUACCUUCCACUUGGAUCCAAUAAACCUUGCAUGUACGUUAAAUCCUGGUGGCCAAACUUGGAAUGGAGAGUGUCUAAUACCAACAGUCUUUCAUAUAUCGCCAACUUCCUCGAGGAUAUGCUAAGCGAAUUAGAAACACUAAUUGCCGUAGAAAAUGCAACGGCAUAUGAAACUUAUAACAGUGUAAUUGAGUCAUUAAAACGUUACUGUAUGGAAUACUUGUCUAUAUUGGAUACCGAUAUAUACUACGAGAAUGGCGGAACCACGAAAUUGGACAGGCACCGGAUUAAUCUGUGUCACUAUUGCAUACAAGAUAUAAUCACGAUGAUAAAUGUCAACGGCAAGCUUCUCAACAAUAAUUACAUCAAAAUAGCAAUGUUGCAUGCAUACAAGUAUCUGACAAGUAUAAGACAGAUUUCUGAAGACCCACAACAUUCAUUUCCGGAUGUUUUUAUUUGGAUGAUAGCUGGCAGUAAAUACGUGGCAUUAGCGCGUCUACCGACGUCGGAAAUUAUUUUCGCUGAGGACGAAAUGUCACGGGGAACCAAGUGUGGCCAGAGAAUAAAUUUAUUUAUGAAAGAUAUAACCGAUGGAUUUGUUGACGACAGUGUCGAUUACAGCGCGUGUAAUAUUGAAAUUUUUUUGUGGUUCGGAAAUGCUAAAUUUGCAUCUGCUUGCUGGAGUGCAAUCCCCCACGGAUAUGAUGUCGAGCACUCUGUAAACAUGGAAUUAUUUCCCAAGUCUCUCAACUAUACAACGAGCUCGAAAUUCCAACUGCGAGCUCACAUUUUCCAGGGGCGAUUUGACUCCGGCCUGGACGCGACGGGUUUAAUGGAUCCAUUUAUUCGCAUAAUAUUUCACGGAUACACAGUGACUACUCGAACAAUCAAGCAAAGUUUAGCUCCAGUCUGGGACGAGACAUUAGUAUUUCCCGGUAUUGAUCUGUAUGGGAUGAGAGAGAGUAUAAAGUCAAUGCCACCCCAAGUCAUAAUAGAGGCAUUCGAUUGGGAUUUCUGCGGGCCAAAGGAAUUCUUUGGCAGAUGUAUCGCAGUCCCAGUUGUUAAGUUUAAAGAAGAAACAUAUUCGCCCCCGGAAUUCCCCCCGACUUUAAUUUGGUACAAACUCGAGACUCAGUCCGAUUUCCAGGGAAGUGUUUUGGCAGCCUUUGAACUUAUUGAAAUAGGAGGUGACACUGAUAUUCUCCUGACUCCCUCGAAGGAAUCGAUAACAUAUAAUCUACCUCACGAUAUUCGCCCGGUGAUGAUAAGUCAUCGUCUGGAAGUUAUUUUCUGGGGAAUAAGGAACAUGAAAAAAAUUAAUUUCGCACGUGUUAAUAGACCUAGAGUCGUUGUAGAGUGCUCUGGAGUUCAAGUUAACAAAGAUCAAACGGAACAUGAAGAGGAAAAUUAUGAAGCAGAUGAAGACGAAAGUUAUGACUGGUGGAGCAAAUAUUUCGCGUCGCUCGAGGAAGAGCGGCAUCGGGAACUUGGAGAAAAUAAAAUACUCCCACCCGGACAGAAACCUAUUGCGACAUUUCGGAUCUACUCAAUGGAAUUAGAGAUGCAGCCAGAGUUCGAGCGUUUUCAAGAAAAGCUAACUACAUUCGAACUAUCACGAGGAAAAGACACCGGAUGCAAUGAGCAAGAUAAAAAAAACAUCUCCGCCAUCUGUCUUUUCGAGUGUCCCUUUCCACGGCCGCAAGUACCGAGUUGGGAAUGGCUGAGCGUUGAGGACUUGGCGCUCCGCCAAGGACACAUUUCGAUUUACCCUUGGUCUUUUUUGGAUAAAACUAAAUACAAAACCAAAAGUGGACGGGACGUGUCCUAUGGAUUUCUUUCGGAUUAUCCACCCCAAGAGCCGGUUAAACUUAUUGUGCGUCUCUAUGUCAUAAGAGCGAUUAAUUUACACCCUUGUGACCCACUCACUGGAAAGUCUGACCCAUAUUUGAUCAUGAAGCUUGGAAAAAAUCAUGAAAAUUAA